AUGGGAUGGGAAAAAAUUGUCUUGUAAAUUUCACAUUUUAGUAGAGUUGGAAGUUGCAAAGAUAUUAAUCUUUGACACAUUUUAACGAAUUUGUAAUAAAUUUAAUUUAAUUCACAACACUUUGUGUAAAAUAAAAAUUCUCAGAAAAACUUUUUAUACUUUAACUUCACUAGAUAACACAGCUUUAAUAAGAAGUUCGAUUUAUUGUUUUAUUUUUUGCAAAAAAAGUAUAUACAUACACGUACAUGUGAAAUGAGGGUUAUUUUGCCAAGGCUCCGGAGUGUACAAACAUUUCUAGAUUUCUAUUCUCAAUUCAAUCCAUCACCGCUUUCCAUUAAGCAAUUUAUUGAUUUCGGUCGAAAUGCAUGUGAACAGAAAUCAUUUAUAUUUUUAAGAAAGGAAUUGCCAGUUCGUUUAGCUAAUAUAAUGAAAGAAAUCGCUCUUUUGCCGGAAGUGCUUUUAACAACGAAUUCAUGCAGUCAAGUUAGCCAGUGGUAUGCCAAAAGUUUUGAGGAUAUUAUACAAUUUGAAAAGUCAGAGCCGACUCCCAAGAUUUUGCAAAAUUUUUGUAAUACUUUAGUAAUGAUUCGCAAUCGUCAUUCGGAUGUUGUGCAGACAAUGGCACAAGGUGUUUUAGAGAUGAAAGAAACAUAUGGAGACAGUGUAGAAGCUACUAUGGAAACCUCAAUACAAUAUUUUUUAGAUAGACUCUAUAUGUCUCGAAUAAGUAUAAGGAUGUUGAUUAAUCAACACACAAUGUUGUUUGGACAACUGAACGAAGAUAAAGGUCGUCAUAUUGGAUGCUUGGAUCCAACUUGUGAUAUAUCAGCGGUAGUUCGAGAUGCAUAUGAAAAUUCUCGAUUUUUAUGUGACCAAUAUUAUUUAUGCAGCCCUGAGUUAAAAGUUACAGAACACAAUGAAAUUGAUAAUUUACUACCAAUUAACACUUGUUACGUACCAUCGCAUUUGUAUCACAUUUUAUUUGAAUUAUUUAAAAAUUCAAUGAGAGCUGUUGUAGAACAUCAUGAUCAUGAUAAAUCAGAUCAAUUACCUCCUGUGAGAGUUUUGAUCUCUAGAGGCCAUGAAGAUAUUUGUAUAAAGAUGUCAGAUGAAGGCGGUGGAAUACCACGAUCCUCGGUAGAUCAUUUAUUUAAAUAUAUGUAUAGUACAGCUCCUCAACCUUCAAAAUCUGAUUAUUAUACAGUUCCACUAGCAGGUUAUGGAUAUGGAUUACCAAUAUCACGAUUAUAUGCCCGUUAUUUACAUGGUGAUUUGAUUUUAUUGUCAACUGAAGGAUUUGGAACUGAUGCUGUUAUUUAUUUAAAGGCUUUAUCUGAUGAAGCAAAUGAACUUUUACCAAUAUUUAAUAAAACAAGCUCAAAAUUUUACAAAGCAACCAUUCCUACAGGGGAUUGGUCAAAUCAGGUGUUGCGUCAUAUAAAUGCCCCGAGGGUGUUGCGUCGAAGGAUGCAGAAACAGUAGUCUACGACAAAAAGUAGAACAGAAAUACAUAUUUACAUUGACUUUGCCAAAGAACGAGGUCAUCAGAGAUAAAUGUAUACAAGCAUUAGAAGAAAGGAAUUCGACACACCGAAGUAUUUUUAAUUUGUAAGAGCUUUAAAUUUUAUUUUGUUGCCUGUGGCAAAUAUAAUUUAAUCAAUUACCUUCUAAUGUUAAGGUUUGAACAAUUUAAAUAAAUAGGUAAUUUAAUUUCUAAUAAGAGAAAAUUAUAAUAUAUAAUAGAAAAUUUGUGAAUUUAGUUGA